CCCUUAGACAGUCUGCACCCUCGAGACUAUAAAAAUGAUACGGAGCUAAGUCAGAUUACUAAUCUAGUUGAGAAUUCGUGCUCCAGGGCAAACGACGCUCUAGAGUGGGAAGACUUCGGCACUGCUAAAGAUACGUCAGCCCUAUCUAGCCCGUCCGCUCCGCUAGGCCUAUGGUUAUACCACCCCUAUCCUAGCAGCAAGGAGCCGCUAGUACAAGCACGAGGGCCGCUGCGGUAUUAUGCAAGAAGCGACUCCGCUCUAGCCGAGGCACCGGCAACGACUAAGAUAGGAACACCACCUUUUAUAAUAUAG